GAGCAGAGAGAGAAAGAGAAGCGGUGCUCCGGCAGAGCUGCUGCGACUGUCGCAUCCUGUGAUCCGAGAGCAGAGAGGGGAGGUCUUUGUCUGGGAGCACAGCCAGCAGGAGAGCACAUCACUCGGAGCUCCGCAGGGUUUUUUCAUUUCAUCUCCAGGGGGAUUACAGUCUUUGAGGCGGAGGCAGCAAUCAUUCGGUCAGGGUGUUUACAUCGGAACCUUGCCCACACAGUGGAAGUUAUCUGGAGGACCUGUGGGGGACGCGCCGCCGAGCGCGCAACAGCGCUCCCAUGUUGGUGUUGCUCAAAAACGGAUGGGUCCGAUUGGAAUUGCAUUUACAUUAUUUUUUUUAAGGUCGGAUCUACAUGUUUUCGCAAAAGUUUUUUUUUAAUAAAUCUUCUGCCCCGCAGCUUUGCUCCACAUCGCUCAGCAUGUUCGGAUAGUGCGUAAUUAUUGUUUUCCUGGGCCUUUUACCCACUGGCGUCACAGGUAGGGUACUUUAUAUAUCCAGGCUACACCACCUCCGAUGACAACACAUUACCACACAGAGUGAAAGGUGACAGCUCGUGUUCUGGUCCCGGGCUGCAGCCUCUUUAAAACAAAACAAAGAGAAAGACACUUCGCGUCCAUCAUGGAUGAUGCUGGAGGGAUACAUCUAUGCACCUGGAAUAAGGCGUCCAAAAGCAGCACGCGGCGGGACGUCCUGACAACAUACCUUGGGGUUUUUGUCAUGCUUCAUCUCGUGCUGCACACGGAAGCGUCCUCGGUGUCCAAGUCUUGUGAUAAAAACUGUUUUUCAGGGAAGUGCAUCAACGGGACGUGCGUGUGUGACCACGGGUGGGUCGGGGAUCAGUGCCAGCAUUGCCAGGGGAGAUUCAAGUUAACAGACCUGUCUGGCUCUCUCACAGAUGGACCAGUGAACUAUAAGUACAAGACCAAAUGCACUUGGCUAAUAGAAGGAUAUCCUAAUGCAGUGCUCCGGCUGCGCUUCAAUCACUUUGCCACCGAGUGCAGCUGGGACCACAUGUACGUCUACGACGGAGACUCCAUUUACGCCCCUCUGAUUGCUGUCUACAGUGGUCUAGUGGUAGCGGAGACCAGGGCUAAUGAGACAGUCCCGGAGGUAGUGACGACGUCCGGCUACGCUCUGCUCCACUUCUUCAGCGAUGCUGCCUACAACCUGACCGGCUUCAGCAUCGCCUACUCGAUGAACUCGUGUCCCAACAACUGUUCGGGCCACGGCCGCUGUAGCACAGCCAACUCGGUCUCGGGCCGCGUGUACUGUGAGUGCGAUGAGUACUGGAAAGGAGACGCCUGCGACAUCCCGUACUGCAGGGACAACUGUGGCAGCCCGGGCCACGGAUACUGCGACCUGACCGGAGAGAAGCUCUGCGUCUGCAACGACAGCUGGCAAGGUCCAGACUGCUCUCUGUCCGUUCCCUCCACUGAGGCAUUCUGGGUGCUGCCGAGCGUCAAACCGUCGGCUCAGUCCCUGGGCCGGGCGUCCCAACAGGCUCUGGUGCACUCUGGGCUGAUGUGGGUGGUGGGAGGAUACUCUUUCAACUACUCCAACUACCACAUGGUCCUCAACUACAACCUGGAGAGCGGUACGUGGGACGUGGUGCCCGUCAGCAGCGGCCCCCUCUACAGAUACGGCCACUCGUUGGCUCUGCACCAGGAUGACAUCUACAUGUUCGGUGGGAAGCUGGAGGCGAAAUCGGCCAACGUCACGGACGAGAUGUGGGUGUUCAACAUCCCCAGGCGCACCUGGUCACCACGGAAACCAGCCCCGCCUCCUCCCUACGCCCUGGAGGGGCACACGGCCCACGUGGUGGAGCUGGCCGACGGCGAGCCGGUGAUGCUGAUCUUCUUUGGCUACUCGCCGGUCUACAGCUACAGCAACAAAGUUCAGGAGUACAACAUCAGGUCUAACUCGUGGCAGGUCGUGUCUGCCGAAGGGGCCGUGGUCCAGGGCGGGUACGGCCACAGCAGCGUCUACGACGAGGCCAGCGGCUGCGUGUUUGUCCACGGCGGGUACAAGGCGCUGAGCAACAACAAAUACGGCCUGGUGGACCACAUGUACCGAUACCACGUCCACACCAAAACAUGGCUGAUCCUCGGGGAGAGUGGCGUAGCGCGGUACCUCCACUCUGCGGUGCUUCUGAGCGGCACAGUGCUGGUUUUCGGGGGAAACACCCACAACGACACGUCACUUAGUAACGGAGCCAAGUGCUUCUCUGCUGACUUCCUGGCGUACGAUAUAGCUUGUGAUGAAUGGACUGUCCUCCCCAGACCUGGGCUGCACCGGGACGCCAACCGCUUCGGACAUUCUGCCGUGGUUAGCAACGGCUCCAUGUACAUCUUUGGAGGGUUUUCAGGCCUCCUUCUGAACGAUGUGCUGGCCUACACCCCUCCGUCCUGCCAGGCCUUUUCUAACCCAGCUAAGUGUGCUGCUGCUGGGCCGGGCCUUCGCUGCCAUUGGGUCAAAAGUAGAUGUGUCCCCUGGGAGCCAAAAGAAGCCGAGCACAUUAUCCCUGCUCCUUUUUGCCCUGCGAGACCUGACAGCACAGACGAGCAGUGUUUUGGUUAGACUGCGCCCUGCACUGCCAACACACGGGGCUGUCAGUGGUGUGAGGACAGGAAGUGUAUAUCUGCAUCCAGUAACUGCACCGUGCUGACUCUGGAGCUGGCACAGCAGCAUGGCGGCGCUCUGUCUCUGUCUCGCCCACCAACCAUGUUGUCUGAACAUCAGCUGAGCUUGUGGAAGCAUGGAGCCAGAAGGCGGGGACAUUCGGUGAGAGACUCGUCCAGCUGUAAGCGCCGGGAGGAGCAGGAGUGUUUCAGACUGGCCAACUGCAGGAGCUGCUCCCUCAACGCCAACUGUCAGUGGGAGGCGCAGCAGCAGGAGUGCCAGGCGCUGCCCGGCCAGCCGUGUGGGGAAGGCUGGCACCAUGUCGGGGAGGCCUGCCUGAGGAUCAACUCCAGCAGUGAGAGCUAUGAUAACGCCCAGCACUACUGCAAAAACCUGGGAGGGAAUAUAGCCUCUUUACUCACAGACAAACAAGUCAGUUUCGUUCUGGAAGAGCUCCAAAAAUACCAGCUGCAAGACAAGAAUUUAUCUCCCUGGGUUGGCUUGAGGAAGAUCAACGUGUCGUACUGGGGCUGGGAGGACGCGUCACCCUUCACCAACACCAGCCUGCGAUGGUUACCCGGAGAGCCCAGCGACUCGGGCUUCUGUGCCUACCUGGAGCGGGCGCAGGUGGCUGGUCUUAAAGCCAACCCCUGCACGGCCACCACCGACGGCCUGAUCUGUGAAAAACCUGCCGGGAGUCCACAGAGUCAAAGUGCUCGUCCCUGUAGGACGCCCUGCUCUCUGCGCACCAGCUGCGCCAACUGCACCAGCCAGGCCAUGGAGUGCAUGUGGUGCAGCAGUACGCAGCGCUGUGUCGACUCCUCGGCGUACGUCAUCUCCUUCCCCUACGGACAGUGUCUGGAGUGGCAGACCCAGGACUGUGCUGCCCAGAACUGUUCCGGUCUGAGGACAUGUGCCGAGUGUUUGGAGAGGACGGAGUGCGGCUGGUGCGGUGAUCCCAGUAACACUGGCAGGGGUGUCUGCAUGGAGGGGUCCUACCGAGGCCCUCUGAAGCCCGCAAUCGCCAGGGCUGGGCCCCGAGACCGAGACAGACUACGAGACAGGGACAUGGUGCUGGAUCAGAGCCUCUGCUCGUCUGAUCGAGGCUACAACUGGGCCUUCAUCCAAUGUCCCGCGUGUCAGUGUAAUGGUCACAGCAGGUGUGUGAACGGCAGUGUGUGUGAGCACUGUGGGAACCUGACAGCAGGGAUGCACUGCCAGAGCUGCAUGCCCGGUUACUAUGGCGACCCCACCAACGGAGGAAAGUGCAACGCAUGCAAGUGUAACAGCCAUGCCAGCGUGUGCCACGUCAACACAGGGAAGUGCUUCUGUACCACCAAGGGCAUCAAGGGAGACCAGUGUCAGCUAUGUGACUCAGAGAACCGUUACCUUGGUAACCCUCUCAGAGGAACAUGUUAUUACAACCUGUUGAUCGAUUACCAGUUUACCUUCAGUUUGCUUCAGGAAGAUGACCGCCACUACACCAGCAUCAACUUCAUGGCUACACCUGAACAGGCCAACAAGAACCUCGACAUGUCCAUCAAUGCCUCGAACAACUUCAACCUCAACAUCACUUGGUCCUUAAGCUCAACAGCUGGCACCAUCUCAGGGGAGGAGAUGCCCAUCAUCGCGAGGACCAACAUCAAGGAGCACCGGGACAGUUUCUCGUGUGAAAAGUUCAACUUCAGACUUCACCACAACAUCACCUUCUACGUCUAUAUGUCCAACUUCAGCUGGCCAAUCAAGAUCCAGAUUGCUUUCUCUCAGCACAACAGCAUCAUGGACCUUGUGCAGUUCUUUGUCACCUUCUUCAGCUGUUUCCUGUCCCUGUUACUGGUCGCGGCUGUGGUUUGGAAAGUCAAACAGACCUGCUGGGCGUCACGACGUAGAGAGCAGCUGAUGAGAGAGCGACAGCAGAUGGCCAGUCGUCCCUUUGCUUCGGUUGCCGUAGCGCUGGAUGUGGGCGGUGACCAAGAGGAGCUGUUACAGGCGGUGCCAAAGCCUAGCAUGGAGCCAUGUUGGGGGAGCAGAGCAGGUGUUCUGACGGUGCUGCUGUAUCUGCCCAGAGUCCCAUCUGGAAUACCUCCGCCAGGACAGGCUGGUAUUGCUAUAGCCAGUGCUCUGGUCGACACAUCACAACAGCGGGUAAUGGACUUCAAAGAAAGAGGCCUUGGUCUGAAGCACCGCAAACACACCGUGCUCCAUCAAGGGACCUGUGUAUGAACUGAAUUCCCUCAACGAGGUAACAAGAUAGCCAUCGUGCCCCCAGGGAAUUUCACUGAAGAUAUUCUCAUGGACUUUAGAACAUUUUUUACGAAAUUGGGUCCUUUGGAUGGUCUUUGAUAGUGGCUUGGAAAUCCACCAUCUCAUCAACAGGCACCAAAACUGGGAAAAAUGGCACUCAUGGUCCCUUUUUCCCCACAUCAAACAGAAAACUUCUUCCUCAACGUGCUCUUCUCGUCCCUUGUGUGUAUAUGUUGGUCCUGAUGGGCCGAGAAAACAAGAAUUGGAAACCUGCAGAUUGACAGAGAAAAUGUGUUUUUUCCACCACAGCUUUGGUUAGACAUUAACUAUGAAUACUGGCAGACUUUUCCACUUCUGUGCGGCACUGCAUCUCUAGGGCUUUACUUUUCUGUCAUGCAGUCUGGCAUAUUGACAGAAGAAAAAAACACUUGUUUUACACCAUUAAACCAGAGCUUUGAGCUUCUGUGAAAGAUAUUGAGCUGAAAUUAACUGAGCUGAAAUAAAGUCCUCCUGACUUAAAAUCCCACUCGGACUCCGGAGAGACGCUGGAAAGAACAACAUGGACCUAACGAGAUCAAUGCAAAAGACCGUUGCGGGCGGUGUUGUGUGACAAGGGUUUGCUUGAGGAGAAAGUCUCCUCUGGGAAUUUUAAAGACUACUACUGUUGAGAUGUUGAAGAAUGAAGAUCAUUGGAUGUAACUGUUGCGAUUUAUACUUUAUGAAAUACUUGUAAUUCUUGUUUUUCCCUGCACCAACAUUUGCAGUUCUGCAUUUUGAUAUCUGCUUAGGUCCUCGGUCAUGGAAACAGGUCUGUUAUCUGUAGAUGUGGGCCUUAAACAGAUCUGUAUAUGCACUAUAAGUGAAAUGCUUUACCAGUACAUUAGGACCCGCUGUGGGAUAAUAUUAUGCAACUGAUCAUCCAAACGUAAUGUUUAUUCUGGGCUGCAAUGUAACAUCAAGGUCAGUAUCAUCAAACACAUACUACUGAUGGUAAUUAUAUGCCUAUUAAUUCAGUUAUAACUGUGAAGAUACAUCUUUUCUCAUGACCUCCAGUAAAUUCCAUGCCUGUUUACUUGUGAUACUAACUUUUAUGUAACAUAUCUCCUUCUGUAAUAUUUAUUAAUUAUGCAAAUUUGUUAAAAGAAAACAAUUUUACAAAUGCACUAAGGAUUUAAAAAAAAAAAAAAACUAAAUAGAUUUUACAAAGCAAUUCUGUCCAGUAUUCCUUUUUUUGCUUGUACCUUCAGUUUCUUUUCAUUUCCAAAUAUAUAUUUUACGCAGCAAGUUUUGAGUAAUGGCAAAACGUUUUUCCCUUCACCAAUCGUGUUAAAACCAUCAUCAAAUAUUGUAAAGUCACUUUUAUUAACUGCACACACACAGAAGAGGAACAUUACCAUUCAAAUGUUUGGAAUCUCCUGCUGUAACAGCUUGAUUGGGUCCAGUCAGAUGUCUGAGAGGAAUACUCUAUAUGUUUUAAUGAUCUUUCAUGCUUUUAGGUUGUAAAAAGUCCUCUUUCUUGAAUAAGAAUAGAAAAAAAAAUCAGCCGUCAUUGGUAAAAGACCUGGAAGCUUAGCAUCAAAAUGUGUGUACACUAAAAUAUAAAAUAGGUUCCUGUUUUAGUGUCAAGUGCACAAUAAUGCUGCCUACAACAAUCUGGACUUACACAGCAACUUGUUGCUUUAGCAAAGCUCGUCUUCAAACUUCACACUAGAAACAAUGUUAGUCUGGGGUUAGCACUGUUGGAAUAUCAGCUGAACAUGUUACUGCCAAAUCACUGUUCACUUACGCUUUUCUGGACUGGAAAA